GUUUCAAGAAGGAAGUCUCCCUCAUCUUCUGUCCUUCCACCUCUCCUCUCCUCCUUGGAACUCUGUUGUAGACAGAGUUCUACAACAUCUAGACCACCUGACAGCCUUCCAUCUAGACCACCAGACAGCCCUCCAUCUAGACCACCAGACAGCCUUCCAUCUAGACCACCUGACAGCCCUCCAUCUAGACCACCUGACAGCCUUCCAUCUAGACCACCAGACAGCCCUCCAUCUAGACCACCAGACAGCCCUCCAUCUAGACCACCUGACAGCCCUCCAUCUAGACCACCUGACAGCCCUCCAUCUAGACCACCUGACAGCCCUCCAUCUAGACCACCUGACAGCCCUCCAUCUAGACCACCUGACAGCCUUCCAUCUAGACCACCUGACAGCCCUCCAUCUAGACCACCUGACAGCCCUCCAUCUAGACCACCUGACAGCCUUCCAUCUAGACCACCAGACAGCCUUCCAUCUAGACCACCUGACAGCCCUCCAUCUAGACCACCUGACAGCCUUCCAUCUAGACCACCUGACAGCCCUAAAUCUAGACCACCUGACAGCCUUCCAUCUAGACCACCUGACAGCCCUCCAUCUAGACCACCAGACAGCCUUCCAUCUAGACCACCUGACAGCCUUCCAUCUAGACCACCAGAAAGCCUUCCAUCUAGACCACCUGACAGCCCUCCAUCUAGACCACCUGACAGCCCUCCAUCUAGACCACCUGACAGCCCUCCAUCUAGACCACCAGACAGCCUUCCAUCUAGACCACCUGACAGCCUUCCAUCUAGACCACCUGACAGCCCUCCAUCUAGACCACCUGACAGCCCUCCAUCUAGACCACCUGACAGCCUUCCAUCUAGACCACCUGACAGCCCUCCAUCUAGACCACCUGACAGCCCUCCAUCUAGACCACCUGAAAGCCUUCCAUCUAGACCACUAGACAGCCAUCCAGACCACCAGACAGCCCCCCUGGCAGGCAUCUAGACAGGCC